AAAGCAGGUGCGUCACGCUGAUGUUCAUUUUCGUCUCAGCUGUAUACCUAAAGAUCAUUUAAUUUUGAAACUUCUUUAAUAGGACGAAUGCAAUUUAUCGACCCACAAGGGCCUUAUUAAUAAUGGAACCCGUCUCAUUCGUGCAGUAAUUUUUUCAUUUUACUCUAUAUAUGCCUCCACAGAGUGUUCACAUUUUUACCAAGAUCUCUCUUUCAAUCAUAUUAGUUGUUGGGUGUUGCUGAGACAAACCAAGAUGGAAAGUGCAAGGCAUCCUUCGUCAUUUCUUUCUCUUGCCUUUGCUUUGCUUCUUUCUUCGGCUGUUUGCAUAGAGUCGAGAUACCAUGGAAGAUACCGGACGGCAAAUGAUGGUCAGGGGAUGUGGUGCAUUGCAAAGCCAUCCACAGAGGCAAGUACGCUUUUCCGCAACAUCGAUUUUAGCUGUGGACAAAGUGGAGUGGACUGUAGUCCGAUUCAACCAGGUGGUAGCUGCUUCAAUCCAGAUACACCUGUUUCACAUGCCUCUUAUGCCAUGAAUCUCUUCUACAAGUCUGCAGGCAAGCACCCUUGGGAUUGCAAUUUCAAUGGCACUGGUGUCGCUGUAACUCAGAACCCUUCUUUUGGUACCUGUGUCUAUCCGCUCUGACGAGAGCGCUCGAUUCGACGAGUAGAGAGAGCAGUUUUAACAUGGACGAAGGUUUCUAUUUGUAGUUGCCUUUAUUUUUAUUUUGAUUGAGGGAGUUCUAACUUCCAAAUUAUGAUGUCCAGUUAGUAUUACGAAUGGAUGAGAAAGAGACUCAUUUUGUGAAAAGGGGUGUGCCUGGUGCUAAUUAAUUACCAAUGCUUUUUAUUGAUAUA